UUGCCAUUGCACCAGUCAUUGAUGAACAACAGCAAAACUCAUCGAAAAGUAUAGCAUCAAUUAACACAUCCUUUUGAGGGAGAAAGUGAGUAAAGCAAAAUGGCAAAUCUUUUCAUCCUUUUGUCUUUUCUUCUUGCAUCAAUCUUCAAAAGUAACAAUGCUUUUCCAGAUUCAUCGAAUAUCAGUCACGAAAAUUCGACAUUUCCAUCACAUCCUUAUUAUUAUUUUCAUCUUUGUGGUGAGCCUUUAUCAUAUAUGGCAGUGCAGUGUCUAAACUAUUUUAAGGACAACAACUCGUACCAAGAUGGCUGUUGUUCUGCGAUUGAAUUUAUUAUAUUAGAGUCGACUUUGAAGUUUUGUAUGUGUGGUGCUAGGGAAGAGGGCAAUGCAUCAAUGACUGGUGCAAUGGCAACCAAGCUACCUCCUAUUUGUGGCAUAUCACUCAAUUGUGAUUCUAAAUCUAAUGAUGCUCCAAAGCCAUAUCCUUCGGUAGAUGUAUUUUGGAUGUUGGUUGCAUGUUGGGUGGUAUUGUCCACGUCCUUAUUUGAAUGAUCCACCAACUUUGUAGCAGUU